GCUCGGCACUGAGUCCGCCUGCUCAGCCGGCAGGUGAACAGCCGAAAUCUGGCGUGGAGACUAGCCCGAGAGCGCGAGCGGUAGAAGGCAGAAUCUCCCGGCCCCUAGCCCUGGAGAACAGAGCGAAGGCUGGAAACAGGUUUCGCGAUCAGAUCCUCCUUACGGCCUUCACUAUGGCCACGUAUUUCGCACUGGGUCUAAUGCCAUCCCAGACCGGGGUGUCGUUCUUAGACUUGAUUCAGAGCGUGGAGGCUGACAUAAAGCAGGGCUCGCUGAUUUUCACGCUCGGUUCACUAGGAUACAUGAUCGGGUCGAUGGUUGGAGGAUUUCUUCUGGACAAGUUUGACAAGGAACUGAUAUUUGGCACAUGCGCACUGCUGGCUGGCCUACUCACAGUUACGGUUCCGUGGUGUAGAUGGGUCGAACUGAUGAUUACGACAGUGUUUGUCAGAAGUCUUUUCACUGGAGCAAUGGACUCGGGCGGAACUGUCAUACUGCUGACGAUCUGGGGAACAAAGGCAAAUCCAUACAUGCAGGCACUCCACUUCACGUUCGCUCUGGGCGGAGUGUGCUCGCCGCUGCUCACCGAACCGUUUCUGAUGCCACUUCCGGAAGAGAGUUCCAUGCAGAACAUAACGGAGAUUGGAGCGAACAUCUCGUCUCACGGUAUGAGUGUUUACACGGAGCCCGCCAGGUGGACUACACUGGAUAUCCGGUCAUCUACAGGUCACGUAACAUUAGCCAAUUCGACCGAUGUCGCAGCAUUACCUUCACCGUUCACAGUAUCCCGUGUCUACAUACCACAUAUAUUUGUGGGAGGGUACACUUUUCUUACCUCUGUGCCAUUUUUCGUUAUUUUUUUUAUGCGGAGUGGAAAAUCCUAUGCCGUAACAGCGGCUGGGGCGGAAGCAGAACCCUCGGUAAAAACUGCAAAGCGUGCUCAUUCGCUGUAUUUCAUUCUGUUCGGGUUAUUUUUCCUGGGAUACGGCUGUACGGAGGAAGUGUACGCGGCAUUUCUGAUGCCGUACGUCGUCAAGUACUUACCCUUGGAGAAGGGGCGAGGGGCGGGGGCGAACUCCGUGUACUGGGGGACUUUUGCUGCUGGUCGGUUCAUCGCUAUAUUCAUAGCCCGAUUUGUCAACGUGCGGAAUAUGAUUCUCAUGGAUUUUGUUUUGAUCGUUGUGGGACUUGUGGGUUUCCUUUUCGGCGCGAACAGAUCCGAUGUCGUCAUCUGGAUCAGCGACGCUGUGAUUGGCCUUGGUACGGCUUCCGUCUUCGCUUCUUCCGUGUCCUGGUUGGAUCAGAAUCUCACGAGAAUCUCGGGGAAGCUGGCGGGAUUUAUCGUCGUGUGCAUGGCAGUGGGGACGAUGUCCAACAUGGCUCUGCUGGGCUAUCUGUUUGAGAUGGUCUCUGGGCAGUGGUUUGUUUACUUGAUACUAGGUAACACUUCUGUCUCCUUGGGCAUUUUCGUGCUGAUGUCUUUUUUGCACUACUUCAGAGGAAGCAAACACACCCCACAAGAUCUCCAUGUAGAAAUGACAUCGCCAGAGACUUAA